AUGGUUUCGAUCGAUAACGGCGUAGCCACCGUCGCCGCCGCUAACGGCCAUGCGAUCGCCGCUGCGGGUGGCGGUGCAUUUGCUCCGGCUUCACAGUCCAACGGCGCUCAGCCGGAGAGCGACGCUUCUCGGAAGAGGAAGAUGUUGGUUCUGCCGCUGGAGGUCGGGACUCGCGUCAAUUGCCGGUGGCGCGACGGAAAGUACCAUCCGGUGAAGGUCAUCGAGCGCCGCAAGCUUUCAUGUGAUGGGGUUAACGACUACGAGUACUACGUUCACUACACCGAAUUUAACCGCAGACUUGAUGAAUGGGUAAAACUUGACCAACUUGAUCUCAAUUCUGUGGAAAAUGAUGUGGAUGAGAAGGUUGAGGACAAGGUGACUAGUUUGAAAAUGACACGGCAUCAAAAGCGUAAGAUCGACGAGACACAUGUGGAGGGUCAUGAGGAACUUGAUGCUGCUAGCUUGCGUGAACAUGAAGAAUUUACGAAAGUAAAAAAUAUUGCCACAAUAGAACUUGGAAGAUACGAGAUAGAGACUUGGUACUUCUCCCCCUUUCCCCCAGAGUAUAAUGACUGUACAAAGCUGUUCUUUUGUGAAUUCUGCCUGAAUUUCAUGAAGCGCAAAGAACAACUUCAGAGGCAUAUGAGGAAAUGUGAUCUCAAGCAUCCGCCCGGUGAUGAGAUAUAUCGAAAUGGAACCUUGUCAAUGUUCGAGGUUGAUGGAAAAAAGAACAAGGUGUACGGGCAAAAUCUUUGCUAUCUGGCUAAAUUGUUUCUUGAUCACAAGACCCUAUACUACGAUGUCGAUCUGUUUCUGUUCUAUGUGCUGUGUGAAUGUGAUGAUAGAGGAUGCCAUAUGGUGGGAUACUUCUCAAAGGAAAAGCACUCGGAGGAGUCUUACAAUUUAGCUUGCAUUCUCACUCUUCCUCCUUAUCAGAGAAAGGGCUACGGAAAAUUCCUGAUUGCCUUCUCAUACGAGCUUUCAAAGAAGGAAGGUAAAGUGGGGACACCCGAACGGCCACUAUCAGACCUAGGACUCUUAAGCUACCGAGGAUACUGGACACGUGUACUUCUAGAUAUACUGAAAAAACACAAGGGCAACAUCUCUAUCAAGGAGCUCAGUGACAUGACAGCCAUCAAAGCCGAGGAUAUUCUGUCCACGCUUCAAAGUUUAGAGCUAAUCCAAUAUCGGAAGGGGCAGCAUGUUAUAUGUGCUGAUCCUAAGGUCCUGGAUCGUCAUCUCAAAGCUGCAGGCCGUGGUGGUCUUGAAGUCGAUGCAAGUAAAUUGAUUUGGACUCCGUACAAAGAGCAGGGCUGAUCAUAUAGUUAACGAUAGUCCUCUUCUCUCUACCUCCUCCGUCUCCCUUAACCUAGGACGUUGGAUUUUAUCGACCCGUAUAUAGAAGAAGAAAUUGCACAGAAACCUUAUGUUUCUGGUGGUAUGUAGACAUAAGUCUGACUACUUCUAACUGCUGUAACAUAGCAAAUGUAUGUAUGUAGACAUAAUAAGUCUGACUGCUUCUAACCUCUGUGGAUUGGAUUUAAAUUAUCCCUUGAUUUAUAAAUAUAUAUAUUAGGUCCUUA